UGCGUACCCAACCACCCGUUAUCAUGUCAAACCACAGAAAUGAAAGUGUUCCUCUGAAAACUACCUGAUGAAGUGGUGAACGAGCAGGUGUAGUUUGGAUCACCGGGUUAUCGCUCAGGUGCUUGUGAAACAUCAACAACAACAACAACAACAUGUUUGGUAAAAAGAAGAGAGCACCAGCACCCAGAGGACAGGGCGCUGCUGCAGCCAAGCAGAUGGGUCUGUUUGUAGAUCUGAACCCUGAGGAGAUGAUGAUGGGUAUGGAGGAAAAUCUGGAUGACCCGGACUUGGAGGCUGAACUUGCUGCUAUCACUGGGAAUAAAGCUGCUGCUGGGGGAAGAGCCAAGCAGAAGGGGAAGACUCCUCUGCCCAUGGAAGACAUCGCAAGAAUGGCUGACGAGUGUAUGAGGGAUUUGGAUGACGAUGACGACGAUGACAAUUUGGAAGACGAUGAAGAUCUGUUGGCAGAACUACAGGAAGUGGUGGGUGAGGGGGAAACUGAAGAUGUUGUAACUCCUUCCUCCACAUCCUCUGCCACUACUGAAUCUUCUCAAGCUGCUACACCAGAGUCCACAUCGCCGCAGCAGCAGGAGGCGAAAGUCUCCUCAGCAGCCCCCGGCAGCCUCCAGCACACCUUAGAGGAGAGAAUAGCCAUGUACAAGACGGCCUUACAAAACUCCAAGACCGCAGGAGAGACCUCCAAAGCCAGGAGAUACGAUCGCGGCCUGAAGACCCUGCAGACAAUGUUAGCUGCUGUCAAAAAAGGGAGACCUGUGAACGAGGCAGAGAUCCCUCCGCCAGUUGCCACGGGAGCCCCGAAGGUUGCUCCUCGACCCGCCGUUCCCCAACGAGCGCCUCCUCCCGUACCCUCGCGUCCCAAACCCACUCCUCCGGAUCAGCAGGGUGAGCCGGAGACCACGACGUCUCCGCCCGCUGUGCCAGAGAUCGUCACGCCCAGCAGUGAAGAGGAGCACUCGUCCUCCGCCACCCUGCCAACUCCGAGCAGCCUCCCGUCUCCAGAACAGGAUACAGAAGCGCCCGCUGACCUGUCGCCAGCCGGUCAGACAGAUGCGAAUGAGGCAACCAAGACGAUGCUUCUGGAGAGGCAGAAAGAAUACAAGAUGGCAGCUCUGAGAGCCAAGAAGCAGGGAGAUGUGGAGCAAGCGAUGCUUCACUUCAAGACCAGCAAGAGGUUCGAUGCAGUGAUUGAGGCUUUGGAAAAAGGACAAGCAGUCGAUCUGAGUGACCUUCCUCCAUCUCCUGGACAGGGAGGAAACUCUGCUGCGAUGAAGGAACCUUCGUCUGAGCAGAACACACAGGUCACCCAACCGGUCGCAGCAGCUCCUUCAGCCCCUGCAGCCCCCAAGGACGCGCUGGAGGCGCUCGAGCAGAGACGAGCCAAAUACGUGGAGGCGUCCGCUCAGGCUAAAGCCAGCGGAGACGACCGCAAGGCCCGAAUGCACGACCGCAUCGCCAAGCAAUACCAGAGUGCCAUCCGAGCUCACAAAGCAGGAAAAGCAGUCAACUUUGACGAGCUCCCCGUUCCCCCCGGCUUUCCUCCAAUCCCAGGCCAGAAGGUGACGACAGGAGCUGAGCAGGGAUUUGUCGCUGCACUCGAGGCUGCCAAUAAACUCGCCUCUACUGACGCUACUGAAAUAGCAGAUGAAGAAGAAGAUGAGGAGGAGAAGGAGGAAGAGUCAAAGCCUGCUGCUCCACAAGAAGCGAAGAAGCCAACAUUAGACGUCCACGCCGCAGGUCAAGGACGGAAAAGGACUCCGUCACCUUCACCUGACAGGACAGCCACCAGAGGACUCUCGCCGACAGCGGUUCAGCAGCUAGAGUUCCUGGAGGGCCGGAAGAAGCAGUACAUGAAGGCGGCUCUGCAGGCGAAGCAGAAGAACGACAUGGAGCAGGCCAAGAAUUUCCUCCGCACCGCCAAGGGCUUCGACCCCAUGAUCGAGGCAGCGCGCAGCGGCAAAACCGUGGACAUCAGCACGGUGCCGUCGCCCCCUGGUGACGAAGACGAGGACUUCAUCCUGGUGCACCACAGCGACGUUCAGAUCUCGGAGAAAGCAGAGCAGGUUUACACGCAGCUGGCCAAGAUUCUCAAAGAGCAGUAUGAGAAAUGUAUGACUCACUCCAAGCAAUUCACACACCUGGGGAACGUCACAGAAACAACAAAGUUUGAGAAGAUGGCCGAGACUUGUAAGAAGAGUCUGGAGGUCCUGAAACUGUCUCAGGCGAAGGGUCUGCCUCCUCCCAAACAUCACUUUGAGGAGAGAUCGUUUCGCACGGUCAGGAUUUUCCCGGAGCUGAGCAGCACAGAGAUGGUUGUUGUUAUCGUGAAAGGAAUGAAUCUUCCUGCUCCUAGUGGAAUCCAAACAAACGAUCUGGAUGCCUACGUCAAGUUUGACUUCCCCUACCCGAGCACGGAGCAGCCGCAGAAACACAAAACAGCUGUCAUCAAGAACACUAACUCCCCAGAAUACAACCAGAGCUUCACCCUGUCAAUCAACCGUAACCACCGCGGCUUCAGGAGGGUCGUGACGUCUAAAGGACUCAAGCUGGAGCUGCUGCACAAAGGCGGUUUCCUGCGGAGCGACAAGCCGAUCGGGACGGCCCUCGUGAAAAUGGAGAAACUGGAGUCACAGAGUGAGAUCAGGGAGAUCGUAGAGGUGAUGGACGGUCGCAAGCCUUCAGGAGGUCGUGUCGAAGUGAGGAUCCGACUGCGGGAGCCUCUGAGCGGUCAGGACAUGCAGACAAGCACCGAGCGCUGGCUGGUGAUCGAUCAGUCACAGGUUCUUGUUUAGAUGUUUCUGUGAGAUUAAACAUCAUCAAACAAGAUACAGAUUAAAGGCACUCAAUCAAAAAACACUCAGAGGAGGAGGAGGAGGAAGGAGAGAGGAAGGAGUCGAGGAUCCAAUGAGGGCGGUCUGUUGCUCAGAUUAGACUCAGACUUACGCGGGUUUUUUGACUUCUUUAAAACGUUUGCACAUUGCAAGACACACGAGCUCCCUUUCACACGGCGGUCCACCAGGAGGAGACACAUGGAGCUGGCUCUCGGUAGACCGGCGGCUUCUUAUCCGCUGACCUCGUGUCUGUUUUCAGUAGGAGAAGCUGCUGCGGGAGCGUCGACGCAGGAAGACUUGCGACUGAUCGAAGGCUCCUUGUGAGAUUUAUCGCAGGGCAAAAAAAUAAAACAGGCAAAGUUUAUUGAUCAA